AUGUCCAUCCCUUCGACGGCAUCGCUGAAUCAACGGCUGACUUCGCUGUCGUCUAUGAUCCUGGAAAGAUCACGCGUGGUCUCGUUGAACCUAUCGCCUUCAGCAUCGACCGAAUCGCAAAUCGUCCGAUCACUCAACUUUGUGCGGGAUGGGCUAUUUAAGAUCGAGGAACAGGCUAGAGAAAACGGAGCGUCGGAUCCAGUAAUGAAGGAUAUCGGGGAACGAUAUGAUAGGAUGAUCAGUCUGAUGGAACAGGAUGAUAUCGGGCGGGAAAAGGUCAAGGGCUUGGCUCGGCCCGUAUCGCCUCCAAAAAUCUCGACAGAAGAGCUUAUUGAUUCGAAUGAUGCCUCUUCGACUUCGACCGCCCGUCCCGUCCCUGACCUGCACGUCUCUCCCCCUACACCGGCCAUGAACAACUUUCCCUCAGAAAUCCCUUGGCGAGCAUCCUCGAGUCAGGGUAGCUACAGGGACAACGUUAGCGAAUACGAGAACGAGAAUAAUAAUGAGGACGAGGAUGACGAUCUGGUGGUACAUCCGUCAGGCACGAUACCGGCCGACCAGGAUCCUCUGUUCAACCCGGGAAGCUUUAAGGGCAGAAGGGGGAGCUAUGAUCCGGAUGAGGCCGAAGAUGAAGGGAGAGGGAUGCUGAACGAACAGCAGAUUUUGGAAGAUCAGAGAGGGGUCAUGGACGACCAAGACGCACGGCUAGACCUCUUGUCGCACUCUAUCAACCGGCAUCACCACAUGUCAAUACAGAUUGGGGACGAGCUGGAUCUGCAAAAUGAGUUGUUGGAUGACACGGAUGCAAGAAUGGACGGGACCGCCGCGAGGAUGUCACGAGCAGGGAGGAGCUUGGACAAGGUGGCCAAGGGCAGUAGGGAGCAUGUGAGCUCGAUCACGAUCGUGGCCCUGAUAGUCAUUCUGCUUCUGCUCAUCAUCGUGUUCAAGACAUGA